CGUACAAGUAAACGUGUACGCCUCGUGUGCCUGUUGGACAAUAAAAACUGCUGCAUCGUCGGUUUUCGAGUGUGUCAUCAAAGGUUAUCUCGACGUGAUGAAAAUGGAAUGCCGUGUUUGAGCGAGUAGAAGUUUAAUAACGAACAGACUUCCGAAACGAUUAUUACCGGUCGCGAUCUUUAAUCCCACGAUCGAUACACCGUCAUCGUCGUUACCUCGUGAAACGGACAAUCGUCGCUCGAUCGGCUAUAGUCGUAGAACGAUGCGCUACUGGAACACGGUGUUUGUGUUGCUACUGAUUCACGCAGUUCUCGUCAGCAGUUGGUCCUUCCGCAGAGUCGUUGGGUCCAUUGAGAAUCGGCUGACUCCUGUUUCGAAUUACACGCGAGGCGUGAAUGUAAAUUCCACGGGCGACAGGAUAACGCUCCAGGGUGAGAUAAUAAUUUUCCCUGACCGAAAGAAAUGCUGCCUUGCCCAUCGGGGGAACGAUGGGAACGUGGUGUGUGCAGGAAGGUUUGGUGAACGAGUUUAAAUGGAACAACACGCGAACGACGAAACUUAUCGCGUAGGACCGUAUUAUCUUUCCCCGAAAAUCGGGAAGUUCGUUCAUCGAUCGUGAGAGUUCGAGGUUAGGGUCUCUCCGCGUCUACGAGUUUCGUAGAAUAUCACUGCGUAGAGUAUCGCGCGAUAACGGUUUUUAUUACCAUCGAUGUUUACUGCAUUGAUAAAGCAGAUCGUUACACGACGUUAGGAGAGACAAAGUUGCGACUCUAUCGCCGAAAUUCUCACCUAUUUACCGAGUGUUUAUAUUCGAACGCGACCGUCGGGUAACGUCGUAAUCCGACCAGUGAAAAUAGUAAUGCGAAUGGUGGUUAGCAGUGAAAAUACGACGAUGAUAGAACGCGUUUUUCGACGUCAGUGAAGAGUUGUAAAUAUUCUUACCGAACAGUGUCACGAUCACGCUACACCAACUGUGUUUCGACUAGUCGAAAUUGUUUCUGUUAACGAUUUCCGGCAACAUUUUACGGGAUCGACUGUUCGUUGUCGGACACGGUUUUCCACCAUCGUCGUAGACUCGACGAAUCGUUGUGGACGAAGUCGAAUCUCGCACCGUUUUCAACAUGAGACUCCCGUGGAUCGUAUUGGCAACGGUCUUCAUUUUGUUUCUGUUUCUCCGCGCGACCAUCGCAGAUACGAAGCCAUCGAAGAGAGAACACAAAUUCGUGCCGUACGUGUUCGAUUUUCAUGAUGUCAGCACCGUUAAAGAAGGAUCCUUCAUCACCGUUCCUGUUAUGUGUCCGCCGGGGCAAGUGAACAUCGGGAAUCGUUGUAGGAUUAAAUUUUAA